CCCGGCCCGCCCCGCCCCGCCCGGCACCGCCACACGGGUCACGCAGGUUUAAGCUGCCUUAAAGGAGAAUUAAAAAUUGUGACUCCAAAGAAUGAAAUAAGACAGAAGAGAGAAAACAGCACUCAAAAAAACCCCCCAGUAAGUGCUCACGCAGGACAAGGGGCCUGUCACUAAAGGCUGGAGCCAAAGGAAAUGAAAGGGGUAGCAGGUUGUUUGACAUACAUGGGCACAGAAGAUUAUGAACAGUGAAGACAAUGAAGAGUGGGACAUCCAUGAAAGAGUAACAACAUCUGAUAAGGUGCUUUUUGUUAUUGUAGGUACUUUCACUGUGAAAUGCUGUCAUUUCUGAAGAAAAUGUUGACUGUUUAUGAUGUGUGACCAGUGUGCCCUCAUGAGGCUCCUGUAGAAGCCAGAUCCAGCUAGGAUGUUACACCACCACUGCCGGAGGAACCCUGAGCUACAGGAAGAGUUGCAGAUCCAGGCUGCGGUGGCCGCCGGCGAUGUCCACACCGUGCGCAAGAUGCUGGAGCAGGGAUACUCUCCCAACGGUCGGGAUGCCAACGGCUGGACUUUGCUUCAUUUCUCUGCAGCGAGAGGGAAGGAGAGAUGUGUCCGUGUUUUCCUUGAACAUGGAGCCGACCCCACGGUGAAGGACUUGAUCGGCGGCUUCACGGCCCUGCACUACGCGGCCAUGCACGGCCGGGCGAGGAUCGCGCGCCUCAUGCUGGAAUCCGAGUACAGGAGCGACAUCAUCAACGCCAAGAGCAACGACGGCUGGACUCCCCUGCACGUCGCGGCCCACUACGGCAGGGACUCCUUUGUCAGGCUCCUCCUGGAGUUCAAGGCUGAGGUUGAUCCGCUCAGCGAUAAAGGUACUACCCCACUCCAGCUGGCCAUUAUCCGGGAGAGGUCAAGCUGUGUGAAAAUCCUCCUGGAUCACAAUGCCAACAUCGACAUUCAGAACGGUUUCCUGUUGCGAUACGCUGUGAUCAAAAGCAAUCACUCCUACUGCCGAAUGUUCCUCCAGAGAGGGGCCGACACAAACUUGGGUCGCUUGGAAGAUGGACAGACACCCUUACACUUGUCUGCUCUUAGAGAUGAUGUGCUUUGUGCACAAAUGUUGUAUAAUUACGGAGCAGACACUAACACAAGGAACUAUGAAGGACAGACCCCACUGGCUGUUUCAAUAAGUAUUUCUGGAAGUAGCCGACCCUGUCUGGAUUUCUUACAAGAAGUGACAAGGCAGCCCAGGAACUUGCAAGAUCUAUGCCGAAUUAAAAUCCGUCAGUGUAUAGGCCUUCAAAACCUCAAACUACUUGAUGAACUACCCAUUGCCAAGGUCAUGAAAGACUACUUAAAACACAAAUUUGAUGAUAUCUGAUAUCCAUGAAGAGAAGAACUCUGAGCAAGUUUAGUUAUAUUCCAGAUACUGAAGAGGCUUGUUGCCUUGCACAAAGUAUAUCCUAUGCAAAUUCUGAUUUUUCUGUGAAGUCAGAAGGCAGGUAUACACUUCCUUGGGUUUUUUAUACCACACGCUAGAAGGUCUUAAUUUUUGGUUUCUUGGUCCAGGUUUACAAGGUCCAAGCUUUCUAUACAAUGUUGCAUUUUAAAACUUGCUGUCGGUUUUCUGUUUGUUCUCACCUUACCUGUGCAGCCUUGCAGUGGGGAUGGAAGGCGGCCCCUCGAGGGAAGUGGUUGGUUUGAGUUGGAUGCUGAGCAGUGAUUCAAGAAAAUAAAAAGUUUGGAAAUCAAGGCACCAGUCCUGCAAAAGGAUACAGAAGGACCUCCAGAGCCCUGUCUGUUGGGCCUCUCUUCUCUGCCAGGUGUAUGUUUUUGCAGGACAGAGGGAAGAGUUAUAAUCGACAUGUCCUCGGGUACUGUAUGAAUAUAAUUUGGAAAUGGAAGGAAAAAAUGCAGUUACCCUGUUCAAUUUGAGGGUCUAUACAUUGGCUUUUUUAAUUAUUUUUUUCCUAAUUACUCUGCUUGGGAUGCCCAUAAAAUUCAGGCCCUCUUUGCUGACAUUCCCUGUUAAAUGGGUGGCUGUUUGUAAAUCUGUUUUUACCAGUGACAGUACACUACAGAGAGGCAUAGCCUCUGUAUUUUUUACAUUAACUUAAGAGGAAACAAAUUUAGAUUUUUUUGAAGCCAAUGUAUUCUGUUGCUCAUACAGUGCCUCCUGUGCAAUAAUCUCUCUGAUGUAUUUUCCCUUUAUGUGUGAUUCCCCCACUAUUCCCCAUUUAGUCUCAGUGCAUUAUUUGAGAGAACAGGAGCUGCUGCCUCACUGUAGUGUUGAUGUGACAUUACAGAAGUGAUGCAGCAGUUGCUGUUCAUUAUUACUCCCUGGAUUUCAUGAAUGUAUAACCUGUUUUAUUUCACUUUCAGUUGGAAUUUUAUCUACAGGUUCUCAGCCAAAUUGUGUCCACUUAAAAAAAAAAGAAAGAAAUUGGCCAAACCCUUUUGUUUUAAAAGCAGUGACAGAUUUUUCUUUUUUUGGUUGCUCUGAAAUUGUUUCGGGUUUAGAGAGUGGGAAGUGCACAGAAGUUAUUAAGAUUUUACAUGUGCAUUAAAAAGAAAAGCCCCAUUCACAUUGGAAGUUUAAAUUGUACAAUUAAUCUGAAAGGGGUACUGAAAUCUGGCUGCUGAAUGUGGUUUUCAUACUAGGUAUUCAAAGAGCUGUUAAAGAGUUUUUGUUUCUGAUCAUAGGAAAAAAAAUCAGUUUGUUGAUCGAAAGAAGAUUGGGCCAAGAUGUGCAGUUGUUUCACUGUCUUCAUUUUCAAGGCAUUACAGAGUCAUCAUAAGGUUCUUGCCAGUGUCCUCUACCUUUCUUUUGGCAUCCAAAAAAGCCUCUCAAGUAUCAGGAGUGUUUUUGUACCAGUUACACCAGUGGAAGCGGGAGAUGAAAGGAAUGGUGGUGGCUUUUAAAUUUCACGCUACCAUUUCCAAAAUAUUCAAUAUUAAAAAUAGGAAAAGCAAGGUGAAGCAGGUAUACUCACAUUAUUUUAACUGUGCUAGUUCCUUUUAACACCUCCUAACCCCAGAGUGCAGCUCCUUGAACACGAACCUCAUGUUCAUCAUGCUGAUGGAUGCACCGGAACUGUGGCAAGCAAGGAGGAUUAUCCCUCCCUAUUGUGCCUGGCAUUGCAUCAGGUUUCCAAACAAUAAGGGAUUUUGGAGAUUCAUGGCUCAGAGGAUUGGUGAUGGGAUGUUGAACCUUUUUAUCUCCAGCUUGUGUGGGUUCAAGUCCAGCCUGCUGGAGCAGUGACCGAAAGUUCUUGUCUCAGCAGCUGGAACGAGCAAGUCCAGCCACACACCGGGUUGUAGAGCUUUGUGGAGCUUCCUCCAGGUUGUGUCUCUGGUGGUGGCACCGUGGCAGGGACAACCUGAGGGUGUGGGUGGAGUGGAAGAGCUCUUGUGUGUGGUGGUGUCUGUUGGCUCCCGUUGAAGCAGAAAAGGUCGAGCCCUUCUGAUGGUCGAGCUCUCCAGGGCUGAGACAGGACACACUGGCAGGUUUAAAGCAUAAAUCUUCUGUUUUGUGACAUGAGAUUAGGAUCUUAAAAUCGCUUUCUUUUAAAAACAAAAACGAAAAGCAAACUUGGUAUUGUUCACUACAUUUGUAAGUUGGUCUCAAACCAAUGUUCUUCCCCACUGAAUUUUUACAGUCAUAUUUUCUAAGGUAAUCUAGAGUAUAUUUUAGUUGCAAUCUAUAUUAAGGCAAAUUAUUUGUUCUGUCUGUUGCUGUGACUGAAGAAAAUUAUGGAAGACUUUGUUGGUAACAAGAAUGCUAUUUAAUGAAGAAAUGUGUAAUUCCAUUAUUUAUUGUUUGAGGUUUGUUUUUUUGUUAUUUCUUUUAAGUAAACUGACAUCUAAAGGGAACACACAAAUGUUUCAGGCCAGUAAAAAGCCUUUCUUUUAAAUGAGUUUUCAUCCCCUCCUCUCCCCAAGGUGGAGGGAAGCCCUCACCCUUUUUUACAAUGCUAAGCCAUCUCUUGUAGCUGGUUUCUCACCUUAAUUCUACAAAGCACCUCAGCACACGUGUCUCUGAAAAUACUGAUAGUCCUGCUCUCUAUCUUCAGUUAUCCAUGUGCUCAAGUGCAAAGGAAGUGGGAUUAUUCAUUGAUAAUCCUAUCCAAAUUUCAGUAAUAGGGAAUUUGGUCUUUUUUUUAUUAUUAUUAUUAUUUUCAUUGUUGUGCACAAAUAGUUUGAAGGACAAACUGAGCUUUGUUUUUCAUUUGGACUAGAAUGUGGAAGGAAAAGUGCAUAACAUGGACUUGUGAUGUAGCCUCGUUCCGUUACCUUGAAAUUCACGGUUGAACACUUUUAAUAAACCUUAAAAAAUUGGCAAACACACCAAAGAAUCAAUAUGAGUAAAAGACUCUGAUCAUUAACAAACUGCAAACCUCAUCCUUUAAAACAAAGCAGAAAGUUUUUGUAAAUAUUUAUGUUUAUAAAUGUACAGCAGAGUAAGAGUGUUUUUUAGAUUAUUUAAUUACCAUAUUUCUAAACUAUUUACAUUAUAGACAAUACUUGUUAGUUUGAAAAGCUCGAGUGGUUUUUUUUGUUUUGUUUUGUUUUGAGUUUGUUUUCUUUUCUUUUUUUUUUUCUUUUAAAUUCAUUAUCACUCAUGCUUGGAAUAACUCUGGCUUCCUUGGAAUAGUGUGGAAAAUUCAGUUUUCUGGCUCUGGUUGGCAAUCAUAGGAGAACCACAUCUGGACGAACUCAUCAGAUGAAUACCCAGAGGCAAAAGAAAAUAUGUGGUGUGUUUACCAGGGUGGGCUGGGCUGGGCUGGAUGAAAAACCUGCCCACAAGUCCAGCUUCCAUAACUCUGUGUUACUGAUACCAUCAUGUAUUUUGUUCUUCCUUUGCAAUGUAAGUUUUUUGCUUUGGGUCAAUUUGAAUUUAAAAAAAAAAAAAAAAAGAAAAAAGAAAAAAGUUAAACCUGGUUAAAACCUAUUUUUGGUUUAUGUUCUGUUUAUUUCUAAUGUAAUGUUUUAAUAACAUAAUACCACUUUACACCUUUUCUCU